AUGAAAUGUGCUCAAAGAAUAGGUCCUAAAAUCAAGUUAGUGGAUCAGGACCAGCAGUACCAUGCUGGCCAGUUCAUGGAUGUGUACGCGACAUGGAAAUGCCCCACCAGCAAGGGUAUCAUCUGUGCCAAGUACCACACGUCCAUCCAGAUGAAUCUGGCUGAGGUUGACCAGGUGACAAUUAGGUUCAACAGCCAGUUUAAAACCUAUAGUAUCUGUGAACCAGCUAACAGGAUGGGGAGGUCAGAUGACUCCAUCUUCCUACAAACCAAGGCCAACGGCAUUGUUUCAAAGAACUUCUAG